GGAACUAUUUUUGGUUGGUGUUGGGAGGACCCGGGAUCUUUUAGUGAAUGGACACACCAGCCGUCAGUUGCGUAGUAGAAAAAUAAACGUAGAACAUAGACCUUUUUUGUUUUAAUUCUUGUCUUUAAGCGUUUAUUUUGAGCGAAAGUAAUACUUGGACCCCAGAGGCCAUGCCUCUUUCGGAUCGCUCAAGCUCAGACGGCGGUGGGGAGCGUCGUAGUCCUCGGGCUCGCAGACCCCGGACUCGCUCCCGCAGCCGAAACCGCAGCGACAGCCGCGACAGAAGCCUGUCGCCGUACAGCUUCGGGCCCAAACUCCCCAAACCGCGUAACAGAGAGCGUGAACAUGAGGAACGAGACCGACGGUUCAAGGAGGCGAGAAACAUCAGACGGUUUCGGAUCGGAAGCCCCGGUCGUAGCCGCUCCAGAUCCCGGUCCAGGGAGCGGCACACCAACAACCACAACCACGGGUUCGAGCAGCGGGACCCCCCAGGAAAACACAGCAGCUUCAGAGACGAUUAUUAUUACGAGCAGCAGAGGGAUGACAUCCAGAGACAGAGACAAGAGGCUUUCAUUGCCAGGCGUCUGCAGGAGAGGGAGAGGAUUGGUGAGGUGGGCUGCCCUGAAGUCUGGGGUUAUUCUCCAAGAGUGAAAGAACCAGACUCUGAUGAGUUCACCCCAGUGGAAGAAGAUGAGAAAAACAGCAGUUCAGAGUCAAGCUCAGAGGAGGAGAAGAAGAAGAAAAAGAAGAAAAAGAAAAAGAAGUCCAAGAAGAGGAAGAGCAAGAAACAUUCAGAGGACAGCGAGCUGGAAUCCGAGUCAGAUGAGGAAGAAGACGUAAAGAAAAAGAAAAAAAAGAGGAAGAGCAAAAAGUCAAAGAAAUCCAAAAAGAAAAAGGCAAGGAAGAGUCGUAAAGAAUCCAGUGACUCGAGCAGUGAGGAGUCGGAGGAGGAAGAGGAGGACCCCAGCGGGCUGAUGUGGGUGGAGAAAACCUCCAUGGAAGAACACGUGGUUGGGCCUGAAGCUCCGCUCACCCACAUGUCCCAGGACGACCGGCCGCUGGAUUUUGGUCAUGCGCUGUUGCCGGGUGAAGGUGCUGCCAUGGCAGAGUACGUGAAAGCUGGCAAACGGAUCCCCCGAAGAGGAGAAAUCGGCCUCACCAGCGAUGAGAUUGCAAACUUCGAAAAGUCUGGAUAUGUCAUGAGCGGCAGCAGACACCGUCGUAUGGAGGCUGUGCGUCUGAGGAAGGAAAACCAGAUCUACAGCGCGGAUGAAAAGCGAGCUCUGGCCUCCUUCAACCAAGAGGAGAGGAGGAAGAGGGAGAGCAAGAUCCUGUCGAGCUUUAGGGAGAUGGUCUACAGGAAAACCAAAGGCAAAGAUGAGAAGUGAACUUCUCAAAAUGUCUCUGGGUGUCGGAUCACCUUCUGUUUGAUGAUUCGAGGUGUAACGUUUUAUUUCUAAAAACAUUUGACUCUGUAAGGCUCACAAAUGUUCAACUUCAGCUAAAAUAGAAUACAUUUAUGUCAUAGCAAAUGUGAAACAGUUUUUCUUUUACCAUCACUCAUGUUGGGUUUUAUUUCUUCAUGCAAAAAAAUUCAAAAUAAAUGUGUUUUUUUUGCCUGUUAA